AGUCCUGAAUGUUGUCUACGUUCAAUGCGAUUGUAAAAUUUGGGAUUUUUCACUGGAAUUACUGACUAACUUUAGUGGGUUUUGUGUACAUGUUGAUUAUAAAAAAAUAUGGAUUCCAAUUUGUGUUCUUUUAAUUAGAGUACGUCGAUAUGGAUGGGAAGAAGACUCGACGGAGAAAGUCGAAAGCAAGCAAUGGCCGAUCCGAGGAAAAACCAAAAAUGGCAAAGGUCACGAAUGAAAAAGAGGAACAUGAUCGACUAGAGGCUGCUAGUGUUUUGUCAUCAUUGAUAUAUCUGCCUCCAAAGGAACCCUCCAGCAAAGAUGACACGCCUACAAACGUUAAAUCGCCUCAAACGGUAACUACAGAGUCGUUGACCUACUUUCCAAAUGCUCAAUCGAGAACGGGAAUUCCCGAAUCGCCACAUCAUUUGCGCACGCAAACAAAACAGGCAAGGGGGCGUGGCACGAUGCGGGUGAAAAACACGGCAUCUGCACGUGCAAAUGACCAAAAUGCUGCACUACUCGCGAAUAUGGUUUCUGACCGAGUAUUAGAAAAUAUUGCUCAGUUAAAGAAAUCGAAAAACUCACAGAAAAUAGAAAAUACACCUACAGCAAAUGAACAAGCGGCAGUGAUGGCAGCUUGGCAGCAGCUGCAACGAGACCAACGACCAAUAGAAUCACAUGUUAUAACCCCAGAAAGGGGUAGAUCAAAUUCUAACUUGAGCAGACCACCAACUGCAAAAGUCCCAAGAACAAUUAACACAGAUGUAACUGUAAAUAAGACGGUGGCCAUGGCCCUAAGACAGGCUGUUGCUAGCAACAUUAACAAAGUUGAAACUGAUUCUAGCACUAAGAACAAAACUCCAACCUCUACUGUUGCUCAGACAGACAAGGUAGAUAUUGAAGGUGCAUCGAAGAAAAAAGAUGAUACAGAAACAAAGCUUCCUCUGAAAAAGAGGAGAUUAAUUGGUGUCGAUGGUGAAAAUUCAUCAUUGUUGUCCUCUGAAUUCCUGACCCGAGCUGCUGACUCUGUGACCACAUCCAGAAAUUUGGAAAGCAUGAUGCAGCUAGCCAAACAGACUAGCCAAGAUCUACCAAGUCUAGUAACAAUGGCGGUUGAACCUAGCAAUCUUAAAGCUGAGGGUUACCGACCAGUGAAGUUUGACCCGAGGACAAGCCUGCUUGUACUUCAAGACGUCCGCGUGGCUCUUACCCCGGAUGAAGAUGGCGACCUGCCUCUUCAUAUCGCAGUGGUGCACGAGAACCUCGAGCUGGUUAAGAAAUUUAUUGACAUCAUGGCCAUGUCGGGGAAAACUGUGGACCGGUUCAACAAACUGCAACAGACUCCAUUACAUCUGGCAGUACUUGUUAACCAGCCUGAGAUCGUGAAAGAGCUACUGGUUGCCGGUGCCAAUCCAAAUCUUUUCGACAGAAAUGGUUGUACGUCCGUCCAUCUGUCCGUCUGUAAGCGGUUCCACGCGUGUCUGAGGACGGUGUUUGACCACUCAAUGAAUGCCCCCGUGGUCAACUCCCGGGACUAUGAAGGUUACUCGCCGAUGCACACCGCAGUUGAACAGGAUAACAUGGAAAGCCUGCAGAUAUUGAUUGAAAAAGGCGCAGAUAUUGACAACCAGGAUGGCAAAGCGGGGAGGAGUGUGCUGUUUUACGCCACCGAGUACAACCGGACCGAGAUGGUCAGGUACUUGCUGGAAGUUGGGGCGAAUGCCGAGCUGCAGAACUAUGCUGGUAUUCCACCAUUGGUCGUGGCGCAAACUACUAGCGAUUCAGAGGAAAUCUGCACAAUGUUGAGGCGAGCCGUGGAUGUGGCCAUUUAUGGAGAUACACCACUUCCUGAUUCCAAAAAGAGUCUGCCUCGAAUAUCCAGCAAGUCGUCUAUGGAUAGCUUGGACCAACCACAACAAGAAGAAAAGUACGUGAACUAUACCAGACAGUACUCUAAUUCUUCGAACUCGCCCAUCGACCUCAGCAUCCAUAAAACCCAGUCAUGGACGGAGGAGAAACCUCAGAUAGGACCGAAACAGAGGAAGAAGAGGGAGAAGAAAGAUCACAAGUCCCAUAGUGGGAAAGGACAUGGACAAGGAAAAGGUAGAAUCAGUAAGGAAAAGCAUGCAAACAUCAUAGCUGCUCUGGAAAGAAAACAUAGUACCUCAUUGGCGAAAAGUGUUGAUAUGAACCAUAGAGAAAGUGUAGGUAAAGGUUUGCCCUCGCCGGACAGUGGGAGGAACUCCAGGGAAGGCUCUUAUGACAAUAAUGAUAAUAGUGAAUCUGCUGUUAAGAGCUCACUUAAAACAGACAAUGAUAAGAUAAUUGUAAAAGAGGAGGUUAAUGAAUUUGAAACUGAAAUGGACACCAAUGAAACUGAAAGUGCUGACUUGGUUAGGACAGAUUCAAGACGGAAAGAUAAAAGUAAGGUAACAAGAAUGGAAACUGAAACAGGCAGCCCUAGCAAAGACGUAAACCAUUCUUAUAGACCACACGGUGCCUUACAGAGGUCAUUUAGCUCUAAUAAGGGUAUUUUUAGUUUAGAAUCACAGCCAUUACUUGCUUCACAGCAGUUGUUAGCUUCCCAACCGCUUCUAGCUUCGAGAUUUUCAGACUUACUUAAUAAUUUAGCAGGUCCUUUGAAAUCAGAAGAUGUGUUUCAGAUACUAAAACCUUUUAUGAAUUUUAAUCCACAACAAGCUGGAUUAGUACUUAUGGACGAAAAAAACUUAGCUGAUGUAAAAGGGACAUCUACUGAUGAAAGCUCAGUAAAAGAACAAAAUAGUGAUAAAAAAGUCUUAAAUUCUAUUGAAGCACUUAACAAUACUAAUAAUGGUAAUGCAAAAGAGAGUGAUUUUGUGCAUGACAUUCCAUCUAAGUGUGAAAAUCGAGUAAGUAAGGUUAUUGAAAAUGAGACAAUACCAUUGUCAGAAAAUCAGUCAAAAGAAGUUGUCGAAACAGAGGAAUCGGUGGAUGAAAAAUCAGAGGAUGAUAAAAGUAAUAAAAGAACCACAAUACAAACACCUGCAUCGGACAGUAAACCAGACAAGAUGCAUGAAGAUGAAACUAACUCCAAGCUUGAAAGUGGAACAUUUAAUGAGAAUGAUAAUUCAGAUUAUGAUGAUGACGUUGGGCUGGAAUCAAAUUUAAUCAUUGAUGAAGGUGACACUGAACAGUAUAAGUAUACUUUAGAUGGAAAUGGUGGUGAUGGCAUUUCAAACGAUUCUGCUAGUUCAAAAGAAGAAAUAAAACAUGACAAGACCGACAAUCACAAAUUCAUAACUCACAGUGCUGAAAUAGACAAUACCACUGUAGAAGAUAACAACGACAAAACUAAUGUUGAUGGACAUUUAACAGAAGAAACAGACUCCAACACAAGUACACAAAGUCCUUUAUUUGAAAACAAUGUUAUUCAGGACGCUGAAACUAUUGGUAAAUUAGAUAGAGAUUUGAGUAACAAACUCAGAGUUGAAAAUAGUAUCACAAAAGUGUCUGACUCUCCCUUUAGUGACUUGCAAGGCAAAACAAUAUCAGACAUAAACAUUGGUGGUCAAACCGUGCCUGUCUCAAUAGUGACAACAGUUCCAACAUCAGAAUUAGUGGGGGAGGUGUUAAAGCAGGGUAAGUCGACGACUUUGUAUUACAGGGAUGGGGAUGGGUACAAGCCCAUCCGGAUAUUCAUGGACGAUUCCCAGCAGUCAUCGUUAGUAUUAAAGAAGAUGCUACAGAGUAAUAUGUUACAAGAGGGACAGAACAGAGAUGCUAGAGCCAUUCCUGUAAUACACUCCAGUAGUUUAGGACUAGCGGGUAAAGAUAUCUCAAAUGUGACUAUAAAUUCCUCUUGUGCGUCUAGUAUCGAUGUACAUUCUUCUUCAGCUGCCAUAUCCAUUGUAGGAAUUGCUCAAACUAACGGGAACAUAGCAGGGCUGGGUAAACCUGUGUCACUAAAGAGCUUGCCGUUGAAUCCAGUCUCAGUUUUUAACAAGCCAAUUUUUGCUACCUCGACAGCUUGCAUCAGUCCGGCACAGAGUAGUUUUAUAAAUCAAAAUGCAUUGCAUUCAAAUACACCUGUACCAGUGGCAUCCACUGUUAUCACUAAUAAUUCUAACCACAUACCUAAUGCUCAAAUUACUAAAGCACAUAUCACUCUGGCACCUAAACCAUCACUACCAUCAGCCACUGUACAGAACGAUAUUGCAUCAAUUAUAAAUGUCGACGUUUUAAAGAAGCAGAAGGCCUCCUUAAUUUGUGGCUAUCCUAAAAAGUUGGAAAAAACGGAUCUCUCCGAAAGGACGCUAACAUUCGUGAAUCCAGACGUCAAAAGCAAGUUGUCCAAGGCCUUACAGUCCCCUCAGAGAAAGCUUGUACCAGUGACAAAUCAAAGUGUGGAGGACGAGAAGGAAGCUAAUGACACUGAAUCUAACACAGUUACAACAGCAGGGAGUCCCGAUUCUGUUCAGACUAAUGCUGAUUCUGAAGACAUGUUGACCAUUGAUAAGACUGAAAUUAGUGUUGAAAAUAGGCAGCCGUUGUGAUUAUUCACUCAUCCAUUUUUAUGGAAGAAAAAGUCUAGAAUAGCCUUAGUGUACGUUUCAAAACUCGGCCAAAUCUCAAAAGCUAUUCAAGAUAUUAAGAUACACUUUAAGUAUACUUUGUUAUACGCAGUUCACAUACAGGAAAUUAUAAAAAAAGACAUAAAUUAUUAAGUUAUGAUGUCUUGGCUUGUUUUUCAAUUAUUUUGAGCAUGUAAUAAAUCAAUGCAUACAAAUAUUGACAAGCUAUGUACAGUAUGUUUAUAUCAUAUCAAAUUACACCAUCAUGUAUGGUAUUAAGAUAUUUUUCGCAGAGUUUAAUACUUAAUUCAAAUGGAUGGACUAAACAGAACAGAACAAAUAUUUUGAGUGACAUUGUUUUGCUCAGGGCAUUGUAAAUGUAAUUGAACGAAUAAAACUGUAUUAGUGACUAUACAUCUGAUUGUUAUACAUGUUUAAUAAGCUUACUAUCUUACGUUCUUUAUAUAAUAACGUGAACCUUUCCUAUAGAUGUUUUUGUUGGCUCCUUCUGGUUAAAUUUUACGCACAGUUUUUUUUUGUUAUUGGAAAAAAGGCGUUUUGUUCUUCACCUCUCAUUCACUUUCCCUUUGCAGUUUUCUGUUCUAUCACCCUGGUUUUAGAAGGCAAUCUGUGAAUCUCAGAUUUUAAAUGGCAGAGAAUUUUCAUUCAAAUUUGUCUUGUCAUUUUCUGACGCAGUGCUGUGCUAAUAUUACUUUGAACUGUAACAUAUGUUCCAUAUUUUGUGGAUGUAUCACUGUUUAGACUGCAGGUCUUAAAGUAAAUUAUACAUUGUAAUGAGUGUAAUCUUAUGUUAACCUUGGUUGUGGACACAAACUACAUACAUGUGUUUGUAUGUUCUCAUGCCACCUUGUUUAACUUGUUCUUUUAUUCUGAUUUUAAAUUGCUGAAAAAAUAUGAUAAUAAAACAGUUAGAUUCA